GCCAGGGCGGCGCAGACCGGCCCAGCCACUCGCCCGGGCUGCGCGCCGGGACGCGCUGCCGCCGCCCGGGCCCGACGCGUCCGCCCCUCGGCCCCCGGCCCCCUGGCCCCCGGGGCUCGCGGAGCGAAGGUCUCCACCCCCUGGGCGGAGAGGGGGCUGGUCACACUUGAGGCACGUCUGGUACCUUCUCUGUGUUGGGACAGAACAUCUACAGCUGUUUCCGCGGGGCCGAGAGCCGGGGAGAGACGAGCCAUGCGCCUUCCACCGCCUUAGCAUUGGGGGGCAGCACCUUAGGAGAGCACGGGAGCAGCCUCCGACCACCCCCUUGCUCUGGGAAGGACGGAGCUGAGAAGCCGGUCCUGAGCCCAGGCCCCAGGGGGGCCUGGACCAGCAGCUGUGAGGAGCCAGAGCUGAUGCCGGGCCCCCAAGGGGCCGGAGGAACCCCCGCCAUGAACCUGGGCAAGCUUUCGCCGGUGGGCUGGGUGUCCAGCUCCCAGGGGAAGAGGCGGCUGACGGCAGACAUGAUCAGCCCCCCGCUCGGGGACUUCCGCCACACCAUGCACGUGGGCCGCGGCGGGGACGUCUUUGGUGACACCUCCUUCCUCAGCAACCACGGUGGCGGUUCGGGGAGCACUCACCGCUCACCCCGCAGCUUCCUGGCCAAGAAGCUGCAGCAGGUGCGGAGGGUAGGGGCGCCGCCCCGGCGGAUGGCUUCCCCUCCUGCGCCCUCGCCGGCCCCGCCCGCCGUCUCCCCCAUCAUCAAGAACGCCAUCUCCCUGCCCCAGCUCAACCAGGCCGCCUACGACAGCCUCGUGGUCGGCAAACUCACCUUCGACCGCAGCCCCGCCAGCAGUACCGAUGGCCACUCCAGUUACGGCCCGGACUCCGGGUUCUGCACUAUCUCCCGCCUGCCUCGCCCGGAAAAGCCUCGUGACCGAGAACGUGAUAGUACCUUCCCCUCUGAGCCUGAGCUUCGCCGCUCCGACUCCCUCCUGUCCUUCCGCCUGGACCUCGACCUUGGGCCAUCUCUCCUCAGUGAGCUGCUGGGGGUCAUGAGCCUUUCAGAAGCCUCUGCAGCUGAGACCCCAGCCCCUGCCGCAAGCCCGCCAGCCCCUGCCGCAAGCCCCCCAGCCCCUGCCGCAAGCCCCCCAGUCCCUGCCGCAAGGCCCCCAGCCCCUGCCUCAAGGUCCCCAGCCCCUGCCGCAAGCCCCCAGCCACGUGGACACUGCCCCAAUGGGGUUACUGCUGGAUUGAGCCCUCUGGCCGAGGUGGGGCCCAGUGUGGUGGAAGAGUGUCCCCGUACGCCUGUUGACAUGGCCCCUAGCAGGCCCUGGGGAGCAGGCUGGGGGAACAGCCAGGGCAGCCGCCACUAUACUGAGCUAGAGGCCCGGCAGGAGGUGGCGGGGGUGCUGCCCCAGGCCCGGGCUUCUUGGGAGAGCCUGGACGAAGAGUGGGGGGCACCCCAGGCAGGCAGCAGGGCCCCCGUGCCCCGCACAGUGCAAGCAAACACCUUUGAGUUUGCUGAUGCCGAGGAGGACGAUGAAGUCAAGGUGUGAGUAGCUGGCCGUGGGCUUGAGACCCUGCCUGGGCUCAGGGCGCCGCCCAUGAACAGCCCGGGUCCAGAGCCGGCUCCGGAUAGCUAGGUGCUGCCUGGGAGGGAUCGGAGAACCCCAAGCCCCUCCACGCCUCUGCAGGACAGACAUGGGAGGGAGGCCGGAGGACACCAGGCUUGUGCUGGGACCUAAGUGUCCCCGUGGGCCGUGCUGGGCUGCGUUACCUAACCCCCUGCCACUCUGGACCCAGGGCUGCUCCUUAGGCUCACCCCCCACCCUCUGCCACCCCCGCCGCCGGCUGGAGGGCCCAGCCUCACAGUGCAGCCUUUGUGCUGGAAAAGCUGUCCUUGCUGGGGGUGGGGAGGGUCGGGGGGUGGGGAGCAGACCAUACAGGGCCUUUGUCUCCUCUCCCAAAGGGACGGCCUGCCCCAGCUCAUCCCCUAGCUGCCCCCAGCAGGGUCCCUGCUGCCUCCCUCAGAGCCCCAGCUCAGGCUGCCUCCCCAACAUUCCAACCCCAGAGGAAAGUCGGGUGUGACCUCACAGAGGAAGAGUCCACCUUCCUGCGCACCCCAGACCCGCUUCUGGGUCCUGAUUAAAAAAGGCUUUUUGAUAAAA